UCUCGAGCUCUCCCAGCAUCAGCACCACACGGUUACAUGCGCUCUCUGGUUCCAAAGCGGAGAAGACUGUCGGUGUCAAACCUGCAAGACGAAAUCGAUCCGUUCUACAACACAAGGCAACAGGUUUUUCUCGAACUCUAGGACAUAAGGGCUGAAUUGUCUUUCAAAUUCAGCGUCGAAAGGGAAGUUGGAAGACAAAUACUGGUGUGAGAACAAUCCACAGCUGUUUCUGUUUCAUUUGGACAGUCAUGGACGCGCUAAUGAAGGGGUUCUCAAAAGCCAAGGAUGGGGUCGCGGCAGCGGCAGAGAAGACCAAGCAGGGCGUGACUGGGGCGGCAGAGAUGACAAAAGGUGGUGUUAUCUUUGUCGGCAACAAAACAAAAGAUGGAGUCACAACAGUUGCAGGUAAAACGGUGUCUGGGGUGUCCCAGGUGGGCGGUGCCAUGGUGACAGGUGUCACAGCAGUGUGCAACAAGACUGUGGAGGGGGCGGGGAAUAUCGCUGCUGCGACCGGAUUGGUCAAGAAAGACCCAGCCAAACAGGAUGAAGAUGCUAUGUCUAAAGACCUGCCCAUCAACGAGUCUCCAGUGGACCCAGAGGGCGAUGAUGCUGCAGAGAAGGGUGAGGUUCCUGUUUCUUCACAGUAAUGUUUUUGGGUUUCAUCCACCAUCAUCACCCUCCGUCUAUGGAGGAUUCUGAUGGCUAUUAGAGUACACUGCAUUAUCUCACAACGAGCAUUAUCCUGAACUACUGUAACCAUCCAGAAUCAAUGAUUAAAACAUUCCAUGUCGCACUGCCAAGUCCCGUCGUGCCUCGUUGUGGUCCUCAAUGGAGUCUGUGCUGUGUGUGUGUGUGUGUGUGUGUGUGACGAUAUGUGUGUAUGUAUAGCCUACGUCAGUGUGUGUGAGAGUGUGUAUGUUUGUUUCUGUACGUCAGUGAGUGUGUGUACUUCAGUGUGUAUGUGUUCUGGUGUCUUCGUCAGUCAGUCCUGAGGGCGGUCUAUAUGCCCUUCUGGUCCAGCUGUCACCUUCAGUGAAAAGCUGUUUGUGAAUACUGUAUACAGUAUACUCUGUGAAUAGUGAAUACUGUAUACACCACUCUGCUAAUAGUAAAUAUGGUAUACAGUACACUCUGCAAAUAGUGAAUACUGUAUACAGUACACUCUGUGAAUAGUGAAUACUGUAUACAGUAUACUCUGCUAAUAGUGAAUACUGUAUACAGUAUACUCUGUUAAUAGUGAAUACUGUAUACAGUACACUCUGCUAAUAGUGAAUACUGUAUACAGUAUACUCUGCGAAUAGUGAAUACUGUAUACACCACUCUGCUAAUAGUAAAUAUGGUAUACAGUACACUCUGCAAAUAGUGAAUACUGUAUACAGUACACUCUGUGAAUAGUGAAUACUGUAUACAGUAUACUCUGCUAAUAGUGAAUACUGUAUACAGUACACUCUGUGAAUAGUGAAUAUUGUAUACAGUACACUCUGCGAAUAGUGAAUACUGUAUAUAGUAUACUCUGCUAAUAGUGAAUACUGUAUACACCACUCUGCUAAUCGUGAAUACUGUAUACAGUAUACUCUGCUAAUAGUGAAUACUGUAUACAGUACACUCUGCUAAUAGUGAAUAAUGUAUACAGUUGACUCUGCGAAUAGUGAAUACUGUAUACAUAACUCUGCUAAUAGUGAAUACUGUAUACAGUAUACUCUGCUAAUAGUGAAUACUGUAUACACCACUCUGCUAAUAGUGAAUACUGUAUACAGUACACUCUGUGAAUAGUGAAUACUGUAUACAGUAUACUCUGCUAAUAGUAAAUACUGUAUACAGUAUACUCUGCUAAUAGUGAAUAUUGUAUACACCACUCUGUUAAUAGUGAGUACUGUACAGAGUACACACUGCUAAUAGUGAAUACUGUAUACAGUACACUCUGCUAAUAGUGAAUACUGUAUACCCCACUCUGCUAAUAGUGCAUACUGUAUACAGUACACUCUGCAAAUAGUGAAUACUGUACACACCACUCUGCUAAUAGUGAAUACUGUAUACAGUAUACUCUACUGAUAGUGAACACUGUACACCACUCUGUUAAUAGUGAAUACUGUAUACAGUAUACUCUGCUAAUAGUGAAUACUGUAUACAGUAUACUCUGCUAAUAGUGAAUGCUGUAUACAGUACACUCUGCUAAUAGUGAAUACUGUAUACACCACUAUGCUAAUAGUGAAUACUGUAUACAGUAUACUCUGUUAAUAGUGAAUACUGUAUACAGUAUACUCUGUUAAUAGUGAAUACUGUAUAAACCACUCUGCUAAUAGUGAAUACUGUAUAAACCACUCUGUUAAUAGUGAAUACUGUAUACACCACUCUGUUAAGAGUGAAUACUGUAUACAGUAUACUCUGUUAAUAGUAAAUACUGUAUACAGUAUACUCUGUUAAUAGUGAAUACUGUAUACAGUAUACUCUGUUAAUAGUGAAUACUGUAUACACCACUCUUUUACUAGUGAAUACUGUAUACAGUACACUCUGUGAAUAGUGAGUACUGUAUACAGUACACUCUGCUAAUAGUGAAUACUGUAUACAGUACACUCUGCUAAUAGUGAAUAUUGUAAACACCACUCUGUUAAUAGUGAGUACUGUAUAGAGUACACUCUGCUAAUAGUGAAUACUGUAUACAGUACACUCUGCUAAUAGUGAAUACUGUACACACCACUCUGCUAAUAGUGAAUACUGUAUAUAGUAUACUCUGCUAAUAGUGAAUACUGUAUACAGUAUACUCUGCUAAUAGUGAAUACUGUAUACAGUAUACUCUGCUAAUAGUGAAUACUGUAUACAGUACACUCUGCUAAUAGUGAAUACUGUAUACACCACUCUGCUAAUAGUGAAUACUGUAUACAGUAUACUCUGUUAAUAGUGAAUACUGUAUAAACCACUCUGCUAAUAGUGAAUACUGUAUACACCACUCUGUUAAUAGUGAAUACUGUAUACACCACUCUGUUAAUAGUGAAUACUGUAUACAGUGUACUCUGUUAAUAGUGAAUACUGUAUACAGUAUACUCUGUUAAUAGUGAAUACUGUAUACACCACUCUUUUACUAGUGAAUACUGUAUACAGUACACUCUGCUAAUAGUGAAUACUGUAUAAACCACUGCUAAUAGUGAAUACUGUAUAAACCACUCUGUUAAUAGUGAAUACUGUAUACGCCACUCUGUUAAUAGUGAAUACUGUAUACAGUAUACUCUGCUAAUAGUGAAUAUUGUAUACAGUACACUCUGCUAAUAGUGAAUACUGUAUACAGUACAAUCUGCUAAUAGUGAAUACUGUAUACACCACUCUGCUAAUAGUGAAUACUGUAUACACCACUCUGCUAAUAGUGAAUACUGUAUACACCACUCUGCUAAUAGUGAAUACUAUAUACACCACUCUGUUAGUGAAUACUGUAUACACCACACUGCUAAUAGUGAAUACUGUAUACACCACUCUGUUAGUGAAUACUGUAUACACCACACUGCUAAUAGUGAAUACUGUAUACACCACUCUGUUAGUGAAUACUGUAUACACCACUUUGCUAAUAGUGAAUACUGUUUACACCACUCUGUUAAUAGUGAAUACUGUAUACACCACUCUGCUGAUAGUGAAUACUGUAUAGUGAUCAAUCGCUGACAGUCCUGCACAGAUUAUCACUAUAUGCGAAGUGCACUGUACUACAGUUUAUGAAAAAACACCUAAGUAUCCAUAUAAUGAUAUAACAACUAUAUGAAUUUGAAAUGAAGUAUACUAUACUCUAUUUUUGUGUGUAAAUCGUCACAGUUGUUUGUGGUGGACUCCAGUGCUAUAUGAGAUAUUUAUGGAUUCCUAUUCUGUAUUUUUAUGUUCUGUGAACGCUCUAAAAGACUCUGGGUUGAGGUCAGUGAUAAAGAUAAAAUAUUGGAUGGAGUUUGAAACAAACACAAGCAUGGAACCAAACAAUUCAACUAACUGUAACAUGGAGUUUAGUUACAUUUGUUAAAUGUUGAAUAAAGUAUAAAUAAAACAAUUAAGAA